UGUUAAUUAAGCGCAACUGCGACGCAAGCGUGCGCCACAACGUAUUUGUGCCCACAUAAAAUGCAUAAUUUACGCCCAAGUAAAUACUCAACGUCUGUUACAGUUAACUCAAACAAUAAAUAAACGUAAAAAGUGGAAAAGAACUUUCAAAUUAUAGCUGAGUGCAAAGUAAAAUUAACUUGAUAAUACGUGCAGGGCUUUGGCGCAUCCUCGUCGGCUCCUGCUGCUAGUGCUGCUGCACUCUCGUGUGAAAACAAAAACAUUGGCUAAACUUUUUGAAUGCUGGCAUCUUUAACUGCGUAGUAACCAGAGUAAAGACGGCCAUUAAAUAUUUAAAACUGAUUCAGCGCUAAUUGAACGUGGGAGCUGCGUAAUACCCAAAGCAACCAUAACGACAGCAACUGCAACACUCGGAGUCUUGGAGGCGCAGAGUCUUGGGAAGGCCCCGCUAAUAAAUAAUUGAAGAGAGCUGACAGAAGAUGCAAAAGCGCGUUGCUUAGGCCAGAGUCUCAAUUGAUAUUGAAAGCCCAACAAACCCAGAGUCAUGUCGAAUCUGCUUGACAUGGACAAAUCAAACGGCAACGGCGUCUAUGCGACCGGCAGUUGCCACACGGAUACAGCAGGAGCAACAACAACAACAGCAGCAGCAGCAGCAGCAACAGCUCUGAACAUCAAUAAUAUUAUGAAUGGGGCCGCAGCUGCAGCGGCGGCAGCAGCAGCUGCCACGCUGCCCACGUCCGCCUCCAGCGAGGACCUCAGCCAGAGCCUCUCCGAGUACACAGACGCCGAUGAGAGCAUAUCAGCGCCCACAGAGUUUCUCGCCGAGUUUCUGUCUGCUGUCAUGCUCAAGGACUACAAGAAGGCUUUGAAAUAUUGCAAAUUGAUACUGCAAUAUGAGCCCAACAAUGCCACGGCCAAAGAGUUCUAUCCGCUCAUACUGGACAAGCUGCGCGUGGCCGCAUCGAGCGAUAGCGACGAGAACUAUAAUAAAUCCUCAUCACCUGAGCUGGCAUUGGAUUUGGAGGCGCCGUGCGAGGAUAGCGCUAGCAGCCAGGAGGAGGACAACGAUGAUGAUGUCGAUGAUGUGGACGAUUGCGAUGAUGUGGACGACGAUGAGGAUGACGAUGAUGACAUUGACAAUGUCGACGUGGAGGAGGAGAGCAGCAGCAGCGGCGAUGAUUACGAAUUACCCAUUGAUGAGCAACAGGACCCGGCUGCCGCAGACAGCCUCGCUGCGCACAUAACUCAUUCGCACUCACAUUCACACUCACACUCGCACUCGCAUUCACAUUCGCAUUGCCACUCCCACAACGAUUCGGGCUCAUCGCGCAAUUCGUCGAGCGGCGGCGGCGGUCGCAGCGACAAUACCACACACUCCUACUCCAGCCUGCUGCUGGAGGAGGAGGACGACAUUGUGCCAGUCAAUUUGCAAUUUGGCAGCAAGGAGCCGAACGCAACAGAUUUGGAUGUGAGCAAUGGCAACAAGGUGGCGUCGGCAUCGUGCAGCGAUUCGGAGUCACCCACAGAGCCGCUCACCCAACGUUUGGCCGCCAUUUUACGCUCCAAGUGCGGCGUUUCGGCCAGCAAGGAUUGAGAAGCCAACAUAUGCAUAUACUCCAUACACACAUGCAAGUGUAUGUGUGUAUACCUACAUAUACAUAUAUAUAUAUAUCUAUAUACAUAUAUAUAUGCAUAACUAUAUUCUUGUACUUCUACUCGUACUCAAUGAGCUAAAUGUUUACAAUUCCUUUGCCCAAACUAACUAACUAGUCUCCACUAGUUGACAUUCGCUUUACGAACCUAGAAACCGUCCCAAAAACAGCAUACAAGUAUAUUUCCGAUUUGCAAAUAGCUAUAGCAGCGAGUUAUCCUUUUUUGACAAAACAAAACACAAAACCAAUUCCCUAGACAAACAUAUCGUACAAACUUAAUAAGUACUUAAAGUAGUCACAUUUGUAUUGUGUAUGUAAAUGGAUAAUAUAACCUAGAUGAUAAUAAUCUGCUCCAUUUGUUAUAGAGCCCUCAAUAAUAACGAAUAUACUAUUAUAUACAUAUAUACACAUAUAUAUACACAUUUAUUAUACAUACAAACAUAACGAAUGAUGUAACAGAAUCUAUUUUAGUAAGAGACACACCCAUGCAAAAACGCACAGGACUUGGAAUAUUGUUGGAUAACUUUACACGUUUAGCGUUUUAUAGAGGGCGAUUUUUUUCCAAACAAUUUAUAAUAUAGUAUUACAAGCUAAGGCAACGGAACGUUUGGAUAAGUCUGAUAAUAUGGAAUGAGGCAAAUGGAACUACACUUGAAAUGGUCCAAAAGUCAUUAACUAUACUUAUAGAUAUAUACGAAUACCAUAUAUAGAAUUCAUACGCGAUUUUAGUAAUUUAUUAAGAUUGAUUUUUCUCAGUAUACGUAAAAUUUCCGAUGCAACCAUAUAACUAUAGAUAUGUAACUUAUGAAGCCCGCUCUACGAGCUUUACAAACUAUACUCUAAACUUCUGUUUGUGGAAUGAGAUUUGAUAAGAUUGAACUCUCUGUAUAUCCUGAAUAUUUGUAAUAAUUAUUAUCGGUGUUUGCAAUUCAGUUCUAAUUCAACUGUAUGUAAUCAUAUUAUAUUCGAAUUGUAUUAUACGUAUAACGGAUUGUAUCAUUAAAAGAUGUAAUAAAGAAAGAAGGCGAACACUU